AUGCCCGAGGCAACCCGGGUAGAACUCCCCAUAGACGAUGCAAGAGGCAACCCGGUCAUAGCAGAGGUAAUACACCGCGGCAAGAAGAAAGAAGCCGUCAUAGCGUGUGCUUUAGAAGCCUGCAGGAUAUUGGACAGGGCUGGUCUGCUGCGGCAGUCGAAGCAUGAAUCGCGCCGCCGCAAACAGCGCGAUUGGAGCGCCGAUGACUACUAUGACUCCGAUGAAGACACCUUCCUUGACCGCACUGGCAAUGUUGAGAAGAAGCGGACGAAACGGAUGCAGAGACUCGGCGCUUUGGAGAAGGAGGAUGAUAAGCCUCUCACUUAUGACGACUUGUUAAAACAAAUAACCGAAAUCGAGUCCAAGAUAUCUUUAGAAGAGAAGACGCUGGAACGCCUCCGUUCGGUCAGCAAGCCUCAACCGAAGGACGACGAAGAUGAACUGGACGCGUUCAUGAGUUCAUUGAAGAGUCAAGGACAGAGCAUGGCGCAGAAGGCUGACAUAUCCAACACGAAGAUGCGAAUCCAGAAACUCAAAGCGGAGUUGACCAAAACACAAAGGCUUGCUGAGUUGGCGAGACCGGCGCAUCUCCCGCCGCUCGUGAAGAAGGACGAGACCAAGAUGGCCGUCAAGAUGGCCGCCAACUCCGUUGUCUAUGGCAAGAGAAUACGUUUAAAAGAAGACGCCGAAAGAAAACCAAAAGCCAAAAAGUCUUCCAAGCAAGAAGAAGAAGAAUUCGUGGAAGAAAUCGACUCAGACGAGGAAUCCGAACAGAAACCAAACGAAAUCCCUAAAGAAGAAACAGAGAGAAUCAAAGAAGAAAAUAGAAUAGCUGAUACAAAAGAAAGUGAAGUAACGAAAAAUGAGAAGACAGAGAAAGAAAAUACAAAAGAAAGAGAAGGGACAACGAAGAAAGUGUACGGACCUAUGAGGCCGCCGGAAAAUUAUGUCAUUCCAGAGAGUUAUUUCGAUCAGGAGUCGGAUAGGGAUUUGCCAGAGAUCAUGGAAGAUGAAACGGCAUAAUAUUAGGCUUUAGGUAUUAUAGGUGUAGCGCUUAACCGAUUGAGUCCCAGACGGCAUUAAUUAAUGUCAUAACAAUGAGGGCUAUCGUUUUUAUAC